UAUUUCAGGCAGUGUGACAGGACUUGGCUCAAGUGGCGCAGGCCAAAACCCUGCCCCACUGACCUCUACCCUGGAGGAACAGAGCAGAGCAGCACUUGAAGUCGGAGCCACUCCAAGGAAGGCUGAGAGAUGGGCUCUAGACUGGGGACACAGUGGAGUCCCAGCUGCAGGAGUAGCCAGAACCCGGGACAUUCAGGGAGGAAGACCAAGACCUGCUGUCACUGAGAAGCCUCCAAGGAAGACGCUGAGAAACCUAAGGCACUUCAGCAGACAUCUAAAUCUCAGACAGAAUAUGACUCAAGCAAACAGGAAGAAGUGGAUGGUCUCAUCGCCAGUGAUAGUAAGGACGCAGGCAAUACUGCAGAAGGAAAUGGUGCGCGAGUUCCUGGCCGAGCUCAUCAGCAUGUAUGUCAUGAUGGUGUUUGGCCUUGGAUCCGUGGCUCAUAUGGUCUUAGGAGAUAAAUUCGGCAGCUACCUUGGUGUCAACUUGGGUUUUGGCUUCGGAGUCACCAUGGGAGUGCACAUUGCAGGGAAAAUCUCUGGGGCCCACAUGAAUGCGGCCGUGACCUUCACCAACUGUGCACUAGGCCGCCUGCCCUGGAAGAAGUUUCCUGUGUAUGUACUGGGUCAGUUCCUGGGUUCCUUUCUGGCUGCUGCCACCACCUAUGGCCUCUUCUACACGGCCAUUUUCAACUACUCAGGCGGAGAGCUGACAGUGACUGGUCCUGUAGCCACUGCUAAUAUUUUUGCCACCUAUCUUCCUGACCACAUGACAUUGUGGAGGGGCUUCCUGGAUGAGGUGUUACUUACGGGGCUGCUGCAGCUGUGUCUGUUCGCCAUCACAGACAAGGGAAACAACCCAGCACAGCAAGGGACACAGGCCGUGGUGAUCGGCCUCCUUGUUGUCAUCAUUGGAGUGUCUCUGGGCAUGAACUCAGGAUAUGCAAUCAACCCAUCCCGGGACCUGCCUCCCCGCUUCUUCACCUUUAUUGCUGGCUGGGGCGUCCAGGUCUUCAGGGCCCAGAACUGGUGGUGGGUGCCAGUGGUGGCACCGCCUCUGGGUGCCUACUUAGGUGGGAUCAUCUACUUGGUCUUCGUUGGCUCCACCAUCCCACAGGAGCCCCCGAUAUUGGAGAACCCCAUGGAGUAUGAAGACCGCAAAAUACGUGUGUUGCCCAUGACCACGCCUCCCAAAAUGGAGACCUCUUCCCUUGCCCCCGACUCUGUGUCCAGGGACAACAGACCUUCAGUCUGGCCUGUCGCACCCGUAGGUGACUCCAUCCACAUAGAGCAAUUCUAAGAUUAUUCGUGAGCCCCAUCCCCACCCCAAUUUGAAGGCCUUGUCCCACAGGAGCACCCUUACUUCCUGGGUUCUUCCAGGAACUCUAGAGUUAUGCUGUAGCCCAAAACUGGAGCAUGGAGCAAAGAGGUCUCAGACUCCUUCCAGCCCUGGGAGCUGAGACGCCCCCUGGAGGAGAAUGGGGAAGAGCCAACCUGCAGCCUCAGGCAGAACCAGAUGACAUUAAAAAAUGCCAGAUACAGAAAGGUGGACUUUCAGGCAUAGUGUAGGAAAG